AUGGCGUACUGCUGUGGUCCCCCUGACGGCAACGCCGAGCAUUCGCAUGUCGACCGCCCAAUUGCCCCAGCCGUCCAAGAAAGCGACGCCGAGGAGCUUGUCCGAGGCCCUCAAUUCGUCCAGGCCCUCCAAACCCUGGACGACAGCGAAGGUCAUGCGACGGAUGUAGAAGCAGAGGAUGCCAAGGGCCCAGAGCCAGAGACUUCCGAUCCGGUGCCGGAUCACCCAGAGCCUGAGCCUGCCUCGAAGGACGAGCCGAAAGACUUUGACCAAAAUGGUGACGGAACCGUGAACAUAGUCGAGUUAGUGGCCUUUGCCCGGCAGCACAAACAACUCAAGCAAAGCUUCUCCUUCAUCAAGGUUGUCUUGCUGCUGGUCUUGGUGGUUGUGAUCCUCUUUCUGCUCCUCACGUUCUGUCCUUCCGUGGUGGCUAUCCAGCUCACCAAAGAGAUGACCACUACAGGGGGUGCGCUAAUGCCCACAGGCUGCUCGGAGGGCCAGGGGGAGUGCAAGCCCAUCGCCACAGGGCCAAGCAAGAGAGAGUCCAAGACCCUGACAUCGACGAUGCCAGACGAUGCUUUCGAGGAGCUGAAGUCGGUGACGUUGUCCCUUCCCCACCAGAACGGCGAGCAGGUGAAAGUGGCCUUGGACAUCCUGAGCUACGAGCGCCGCAUGGUUCCCACCAGCAAAUGUGGCAGUGUGGUGGACUUGGAAACUAUCCAUGGCGUUCUAAUGAUCGACGAUUCAGAAAUCUCUGCUUCCCUUGACUUCGUCGAGAAGAUGAAUUCUCGUGGGUUUAACAUCGACGAUGAUGGGCCUCUGCUUGCGGUGGAUGGAGCGCGGCGCCUCAGCGUCGGCUCGGAUAUUGCGGGCAUGUUCAACUUCAUCGCUGACUACAACUACACUUGUGAGAGCCAAGCCAAACCGCUGCAAAACCUGGAGCCGCCCUUCAAGUUCACCAUCGACAGCUACCAGGCCUGCGAGAGCUGGACGUGCUUCUCCCAGGUGUUCGACGACCUGAACAUCACGGGGCCUCAGGGAAAGAAGGUCGGGCUGCCGGGACUGACGACGGAUCCUUACGGGACGGAGACCUUUGUACGUGGCAGGUUCAUCAAAGCUCGAGAGGAGGUCUAUGCAUUGAGCAAGGAGAAGAUCAUUACGAUCCAGACUUGGCCGAACUACCCGAUGAUGUCCUUGUUGUCUGUGCACGAUUUCGAAAAGAAGCUGUUGGUCCAGAAGCAGAUCUUCAACAACACUCAGGCCACCCACUGCAGCACUAGGCCCAGCAAGGAUGAAGAGGACAUGAUGACCAACAUGGAGGACUUCGUAGUCUCUGCAGUUGGUACCACAUCCUACAAGAGCGAGCCAGGGCGAACCUUCAACCGAUACAUCCUCUACCACCGGGAGAAGGUUCACCAGGAGGAGGCCUACGUCGAGUACUGGGAGGACCAGGCCACUGGCAUGCCCCACAAGUACUUUAUGCCCAACAUCGAUGAGAGUCCCAGGGCUUAUUUCACGAGCUACGAGAACAAGGUGGACGAAGCCGAGUUUGAAGACCUCCAAAGGCGGAUCGAUGUGAUGGACUGCCACAGCCCGGAGAUUUUCACAUUGAUCCCACCCAUCAUGGACGACGAUGAGCAGACCCCCGCUACAGAGAACGUCUCCACUCUCGAGUUCUACAAGGCGCUGAACCAAGUCUGUGUUUCCGAAGCUUGCAAGAUGCUCUUCAUGGACGAGAGCUACUGGAACCUGGUCCUGGAAACGCCCUUGAACGCGUCAGGCACGAACAGCUCCGACAGUUCAGACCUUGAAUCCGACCCUGCAGCGCGUUUGCUCGCGGAGAGCCAAGAUGGGAACGAUCUGGAAGGGCUUAGCUUGGAGAACGACACGGCUCGCAGACUCUACUCCAGAAUCCCACGCUACAGCUGGGGUGGCUACAAUGUGGACUACCGCAAGAAGAAGCAAGUGCAGAAAGGAUUCGGCACUAGCAAGUACGGCUUCGACUUCAACAUGGAAUGGGGCUCCUUCUACUCCACCUCUCCGACAAGUCGUGGUCUGCUCGUCGCACAGGUGGCCUCCUUGGAGGGCAGUGCCCGCGGUGAAGCCAACAUCGGAGUUGGAGCCGCCUAUGUGACAAUUGGGUGCUGGGGGUAUGCAAAGGGCUGGACGGUGGCUUUCAUCAGUGGGAACACCUACUAUGAUUUCGAAGGAGAGAUGUGUUUGAAGUUUGGCGGGGGCGUGAACAUCAUCAUCGGCAAGAUGGAGGUCGAGAUCCAAGGCUGCGUCAGAGUUGAGAAGGCCAAGUAUGCCGUCGAGAUGCAGUGGACGUUACGGGCCCGCUUCUUCAACCUGGGGCCCGACUUCGAGGAUGAGAACAGCCAUGACGACGAAAUUGAAGUGACAGGCUCUGCAGGUUUCAAAGCCAAAGUCUUUUGGUUCUUCACGGUCCGGUGGCAAGUGCGCCUGGAAGUCGUGCCGCGCAAGAAGCUUUGGAACUCCGAUCCCGAGAAGCUCACGGGAGUGGACACAGCAAACAUUGGUGACUUGUACGUCCGGGGCUACGUUCCCUUAGAUGUCUGGUGGCGAUGUCCAGACACCCGCCGGCGCAUCGAUCACUCCUGGGGAUUCCGCCGCCGGUGGGGCGCCAAUGGAAACCGCUUUGUCAUCUACGGCGACGAGAAUACGGAUGAGACCGGGAUGGCAGUGUACGAAUGUGACUGGUGA